GGCGCCGUUUCUGACGGCUCACGGCACGGCGGACGGGGUGACGUGUCCGUCGUCGUCGGAGCUUCUGUACGGGAAGGCGGCGAGCGUGGACAAGAGCUUGAAGCUGUACGAUGGGAUGUACCAUUCUCUGAUUCAGGGGGAGCCGGAUGAGAAUAUGGAAAUUGUGCUGAGGGAUAUGAGGGAGUGGAUCGAUGAGAGGGCUCGCAAAUACGCAUCUCACAAAUCGAAACCCUAAAAUUCGAAUCCAAGAAGAAGAAGAAGAAAGAUCGCGAUAAUGGCGACGGUGGGAAUGGAUAGCCAAAAAUGACACAAAUGGUAAAUUUGAUGCGUUUUCUGGGUUAACAAUUUCGUAAUAGCAAUUUACUUUAUUGACUUUCUUUCUCUUAUUUUACUUUAUUAUAUUAAAAAAACAAUAAACUUGAUUCCUAAUGUAAGAUUUCUUUUAGGUUUAGCUCGAUCACUUUUAUUUUAUACUAAUAUUUGAGUAUCCAAACAAGUUAUACAAAUGUGGUCGUGCAAAUAUUUAAGUUUGGAGAAGAAAAAUUCAGGUCCUAUUUUGGUUUUUGGA